AUGGACAGCUCUCACGACAAAACACACGUCGAUCCCGAGCGCAGUCCCUAUGUUGAGCACCAUGGAGACCAAGAGCCGUGGCACGGCAUGUCCGUCGGUCGCUACCUUGGGACGCGCUUUACGACCUUGAAGCCGCCCAUGCUGAGCGCUCCGAACCCGUUGAAGCUCGUUGUGAUGAUCAACAGGCGCCAGUGGGCAUUUUUUGCCGUUGCAUUUGCUGCUUGGACAUGGGACGCCUUCGAUUUCUUUACCGUCUCACUCACCAUCACUGAGCUAUCCGAAACUUUCAACAAGUCCAAGACCGAUAUCACUUGGGGCAUCACACUCGUUCUGAUGUUCCGAUCAGUCGGCUCUAUCAUCUUUGGGAUAGCAGCAGACAGAUACGGCAGGAAAUGGCCCUUCGUCGUGAAUAACCUCCUCUUCAUCAUCCUCGAACUGGGAACCGGCUUCUGCCAGACUUAUGAACAAUUUCUGGCAUGCCGCGCACUCUUCGGCGUCGCCAUGGGCGGUUUGUACGGAAACGCAGCCUCCACCGCUCUCGAAGACCUCCCCGCCGAAACUCGCGGCAUGAUGUCCGGUGUAUUACAGCAAGGUUACGCCUUUGGAUACCUAUUGGCCGCGGCCUUUGCCCGAGGACUGGUCAACACCACCCCGCAUGGCUGGCGUCCCCUCUUCUGGUUCGGAGCCGGCCCGCCAGUGCUGUUUAUCCUCUUCCGUCUGAUGCUACCCGAGACCGAUACCUUCAUCGAACACAAGCGCAUUCGCGAAGCGGCUGGGCGGCAAGCAGCGGCUGCUGGCGGGAGCGUAACGUCGACCUUCUUGAAGGAGGGUAGGGUCGCGAUCCGCAAGCACUGGCUGCUGCUGACGUACCUCGUCCUCCUCAUGGCCGGCUUCAAUUUCAUGUCGCACGGCAGCCAGGACCUAUACCCCACCAUGUUGACGAACCAGUUCAACUUCAACGCGGACGAAGUGACCGUCACCCAGGUGGUCGCUAACCUUGGAGCCAUGCUAGGCGGCACUACCGUUGGCUACUGCAGCCAGAUUUUCGGCCGGCGCUUCAGCAUCGUCAUCUGCUGCAUCAUCGGCGGCGCGCUGCUCUAUCCUUACACUUUUGUCACGACCGAGGCUGUCAUGGCCGCGGCCUUUUUUGAGCAGUUUUGCGUGCAGGGUGCCUGGGGUGUCAUCCCAAUCCAUUUGAUGGAGCUCAGUCCUGGUGCUUUCCGCACCUUCGUCGUCGGCACCUCGUAUCAACUUGGUAACCUAGUCUCUUCAGCCAGCUCGACUAUCGAGUCCCGCCUCGGCGAACAGUUUCCAUUGGCACCCAAGGGGACGACGAAGCGCUAUGACUAUGGCAAGGUCAUUUGCAUCUUCAUGGGAUGCGUCUUUGCAUAUGUCAUCCUCUUGACAUUCAUCGGACCUGAGCAUCUGCGUCGAAGCUUCGACGUGGCAGACGAUUCGGACAUGCGUGAGGUCGCUGGGGAUGAGACGAUUGAGGAUGUACUCCACAAUCGCGGGGCGGGGACUGGACACUUGGCUCAAAGCGACGAGGAAAUGGGACAUCAGGAAAAGUCGGCUACUCACCGGGAGUGA